AUGAGCAAGUUCGGCACGCUCGUGAUGGGCCCCGCCGGGGCGGGGAAGUCGACCUUCUGCUCGUCGCUAAUCCAGCACCUACGCGCCAACAAGCGCUCCUGCUACUACGUCAACCUGGACCCGGCAGCCGAAGACUUUGCGUACGAGCCGGACAUCGACAUCAAAGACCUCAUCAGCCUGGAAGACGUCAUGGAGGAGAUGGGGCUGGGCCCCAACGGCGGCCUGAUCUACUGCUUCGAGUUCCUGCUCGAGAACCUCGACUUCCUGACCGAGCCGCUCGAGGACGUGACCGAGGAAUACCUCAUCGUGAUCGACAUGCCCGGCCAGAUCGAAUUGUACACGCACGUGCCCAUCCUGCCGACCCUGGUGAAGUCCCUCACGCGUGGCUCGCUGAACAUCAACCUCUGCGCCGCCUACCUCCUCGAAGCCACCUUCAUCGUCGACCACGCAAAGUUCUUCGCCGGCACCCUCUCCGCUAUGAGCGCCAUGCUCAUGCUCGAAAUGCCCCAUAUCAACAUCCUGAGCAAGAUGGACCUCGUCAAACACACCGUCGCCAAGCGCGAGCUCAAGCGCUUCAUCGACCCCGACGUCGGCCUGUUGGACGAUGACCCCUCCCGGAAACUGGCCUUCGAGCAGCCCGGCGAUAGCGCCGACCCCGAUCCCGCGGCUACCCAGAAUGUCAUGGCCGGCGCGUCGUUUCAGCGCCUGAAUAGGGCCGUCGCCCAGCUUAUUGACGAUUUUAGCAUGGUCUCGUUUCUGCAGCUCGACGUCCAGGAUGAGGACAGCGUCUCGGCGAUUUUGAGCUAUAUUGAUGAUGCGAUUCAGUAUCAUGAGGCGCAGGAGCCGAGGGAACCUAUGGAUGCGGUUGAUGUUGAUAUGGGUGAGUAAGAGGCUGGGGCUGGCGUGGUUGGAUGUUAUUCGUUUUGCAUUGGGCGGAGUUUUUUGGGCUCGAAAAAUUGCGGCAUGGCAAUCGCAUUGGGGUUCGCAUGUGCGGUAUAGGAUGCUCAAAAAAGAGACCGAGCGGUGGACCGGGGGAGUGUAGUGAGCUCCAUGUAUUCUCUCGGAGGCCGGACCGGACCGGACCGGAUCCCCCUUACUUGUUCAGCAUACCAACUGUUGGAACACGAGCUCUACGGUAUGGGUUCAAAAGAGGCACCAGAAAUACGCAGCACUACGUUUAUGUAGUUGCAGAGGUGGGCUUAUCUAUCUACGCAAGGUUGAAAGACGAAUGUACGAUGGGUGGGGCUCAUGAGAGCACAGGAAUACAUCAGGAGGUGAUGGUUCGGACGAUGGGCUGUUGUUGAGAGC